CUCGAUGUUCAAGAAGCUGUUCACAUACGUCGCCGUUCAAGCUAUCAGGUCAAUACCUUCUGGCGACAGCAACAAGACUUGGUCCGUUCGUCGAGCAGCUCUCGCCGCCUCCGCCAAUUUAUCGUCCUACGAAUAUCUGCCCUCUCGCAAUUGGUCCACGAUCGCUUCCCUUUUACCUGUACUUUCACGACUGUAGACGCUCUAGAUUC